AUGCAGAAUAAUGAAGAACGUAACUUUGUUUUACGUCCAACACCAGAUCAAAAGUAAGUUUCUCACCUCUGGAUGUGUUUUUUUUCAAAUAAUAUAAUUAUUGAACAGAUUUCGACCCAACGCAGUGUUGCCAAUGAUUAAAGAAGUGGUUACGGAUAAACUAUCUGCCACAACUUAUAAUUUUGAUGAAGCUGAAGAUUUGUCAAAAGAACUUUCUUCAACAAUUAGGAAUCGAUUGAAAGGUGAGCCUCUUUCAUUAUUCAAAAACUGAUUUUAAAUUUAAUUUUUGUAGGAUUACAACUUCCGAGAUACAAAUAUAUAGUGCAAGUUUAUUUGGCAGAGCAAGCUGGACAAGGAAUGGCGUGAGUUUUCUUUGGGAAAAUAUGGAGAGAAAUCAGAAAAAAAUUUAGAACUGCUACGCAAAGUGUUUGGGAUGAAGAUUGUGAUUCAUAUGUCAAUUACCGGUUUACUAAUGUAAGUUUUUGGGGGUACGAUUAUUAUUUUGAGAGGAGGUUAUCAGAAGUAACUCAGCAAAAAAAAACUUACAGUAAUCAUCUUAGAAGGAAUGAUCCCCGAUUUACCCCCCUGGAUUUUGAUGAUUAUUUUUUUAAAAGAAGUAUAUUUGGGAGUUAUGAAACCCCAUAGUAGCAUUUUGCAAACUUCGGCCUAUUUCAUGAGUUAUGGGAAGUCCGUGAUUUUUGAGUUAAAAACUGGUCUUGAAACUUCUCGGGGUCGGAACUUUGUUAUUUUUCAUCGAAAAACGUCCACCAAAAAAUCAUUUUGAAGCUAAAAAUGCGAAGAUUUCAAAAUUUUUGGUCCCCGGAAUCAUUCGAUAACGUUAUCAUAUGAUAAUUGUGAAAUUUCAAAAAUUCGAAAUUUUCAAAAAAUCAAAAUAUAAAACAAAUAGUAUUCAGAGGGCUUGGGGGAGAGUGGACACCGAUUGCAUCGUGUUCCUCAUCAAAAAUUAGGUCUACGAGGAUGGUCGAAAAUAUCUGUAAUCAGCCUUUUACAAGAAAGAAAAAUUGAUUUUUACGUUUUUUCACUAUUUCAGAUGAGCAUUUUCACUGUUUAUUGACAAAACUACGAUUCUAUUGUUUGCAUAAUUUUUUAAACAAUGUUUUUUAUUAUUAAAACGUUGAUUUUUAGCAAUUCUAUCAUUUUCCGAUCAUUUCCAAUUUUUCUCAAAGUCUCCCAACACCCAAACAAUUAAAUUUACAAAUUAAUUGUUUCAAAAAUCUUUUGUCAAUAGUUAGAUCAUAUUUGAGUUCUGAAACCUGAAUUAGCGUUUUCUACGUCAAAAAUUGAUCCAGAAAUAAUUUUCUAAAAUACUUCGAACCGGCGUAUUCAAAGAGUUACAAAUGAGUUAUUCACAUAAAACAAAAAAUCUAUUUUUUUUUUGAUAAAGAACAUCAGAGAGCUUUAUUUUCAAUAUCGAUUUGCUUUUAUUUUAUCGGAUAGUGAUAUUUUCAUAUAUUUUUUCUGGAUCAAUUUUUGACGUAGAAAAAGCUAAUUCAGGUUUCAGAACUCAAAUAUGAUCUAACUAUUGACAAAAGAUUUUUGAAACAAUUAAUUUGUAAAUUUAAUUGUUUGGGUGUUGGGAGACUUUGAGAAAAAUUGGAAAUGAUCGGAAAAUGAUAGAAUUGCUAAAAAUCAACGUUUUAAUAAUAAAAAACAUUGUUUAAAAAAUUAUGCAAACAAUAGAAUCGUAGUUUUGUCAAUAAACAGUGAAAAUGCUCAUCUGAAAUAGUGAAAAAACGUAAAAAUCAAUUUUUCUUUCUUGUAAAAGGCUGAUUACAGAUAUUUUCGACCAUCCUCGUAGACCUAAUUUUUGAUGAGGAACACGAUGCAAUCGGUGUCCACUCUCCCCCAAGCCCUCUGAAUACUAUUUGUUUUAUAUUUUGAUUUUUUGAAAAUUUCGAAUUUUUGAAAUUUCACAAUUAUCAUAUGAUAACGUUAUCGAAUGAUUCCGGGGACCAAAAAUUUUGAAAUCUUCGCAUUUUUAGCUUCAAAAUGAUUUUUUGGUGGACGUUUUUCGAUGAAAAAUAACAAAGUUCCGACCCCGAGAAGUUUCAAGACCAGUUUUUAACUCAAAAAUCACGGACUUCCCAUAACUCAUGAAAUAGGCCGAAGUUUGCAAAAUGCUACUAUGGGGUUUCAUAACUCCCAAAUAUACUUCUUUUAAAAAAAUAAUCAUCAAAAUCCAGGGGGGUAAAUCGGGGAUCAUUCCUUCUUAAGCUUGAACUUAUCUUUUUUGAAUUUUUUCAGACUUCAAUUUGGUGUCAGGUUUUGGUUCAUGCAAUUUUUCACUAUUAA